GAAGUGACGUAGUCGUGCGCUCUUAGCAUGAUGGAGCAGCAGCAACAGCAACUGAGAAACUUGCGAGACUUCCUGUUGGUCUACAACCGGAUGACAGAACUCUGUUUCCAGCGCUGUGUGCCCAGCCUGCACCACCGAGCUCUGGACGCUGAGGAGGAGGCUUGUCUGCAUAGCUGUGCUGGGAAGCUGAUCCAUUCCAACCACCGCCUCAUGGCCGCUUACGUGCAGCUCAUGCCUGCUCUGGUGCAGCGCCGCAUCGCAGACUACGGGGCUGCCUCAGCUGUGCCGGGUGUUGCUGCGGAACAGCCCAAAGUCUCGCCAUGAGGCAGCUAGCCAUCCCCACCCUCAAGAGGGAAGGUGCAAGAUGGACCCUCAGAUUGAAGGACCCAGUGGACUUUGGGCUUGAUGAACCUUGUACAGAGACUGAGGGGUCUCUUGAAAGCUGGGUACUGUUGCUCCUUUUCCUGGAGCCAAUAAACCCACAUUUUACUCUGUGGUUUACAUUCUGAGCAGGGAACUUUUGUCCACUUUAUUGGUGCCAUUCUUUGUUCUGUCAUUUAGUGCAUCUCUGCUGGCUCCAGCCCUGCAGCUGCCUUCUAUAUGUAGAAGAAAAAUUUCAGAAUUCCCAAACAUCUGGUUAAAGCUGGUUUGUCGGUACAAUUUUAAAGUUGGUAAUAGCAGCGGGAAAUUGGUUCCUGCUCAGAUGAUGGAGAAAAAAAGAGCUGUGUCAGGAUGGCCUUGAGUCUGUCUAACUUAAAUGCCUAGAAUGCAUUGGCUCAUAACUUUUUUUUUCCUGGACUAUGUUUUACAAAAAAUAAUUGUUCUGAAUCUAGGGAAAGAAAAUAAUAUUUAGAACAACAAAGUAAAAAAGAAAAAGGUUUUAGGCACCACUUCCUAGAACAUCAUUAACUGCAGAACAGAUAGGAAACUUGUAAGAAUUCAGGAAUGUUCUAUAAUUUCAACCAUUUUCCCAGGUUGUUACUAUCCAUGUGUUUCCUAGGAUUACCAGUAAAACCUUUAAGCAAAGAAGGGUUUGUGUUCUUGUCUUCAAGGACAACAUAGAGGAGGAAAUUAUGAUGUAGUCAAACUUCAGGAAGAGAAACCCAAGGGAGAAGUGGAUAGUUAUGGAAAAAAAGGAUACAGAGAAAUAUGUAUCUCUGUAUCCUCUUUAAUGUUUCACUGCUUGUCUAAAAUCCCUUAUUCCAUCUUUCCAUCUUAUUGUAUCUGUUCUGUGACUUCUGAUUCCAACUUCUCUGUUCUUUUCUCAUUAUUGACCUUCCUUUGUAGGGGUUACUUCUGUGUUCAGCAUUCUGAAUGACGUGUCACUCCACUUUUUCUUACCAUCCUUGGCAUCCUUUCUGUAUCAUUCUGUUUUCCUCUUCCUUCACUCAAACUAUUUAAAAAGUUAUAUAAUGAAUGCUCCCAAAUAUUUACCAUCUCCAACUUCAAUCAAGCUCCCACUACCUAUGCAUACCCUUUAUGAGUUCCUGAUCCAUUCCCUCUCCAAGUGGCUAUAACAGUUAAUUUACUGCUCUGAAUCCCAUACUACUUUGAACUACCCCUGUCAGGUUGCUACUUUUUAGAGGAAUUACAGCUCCUAGACAUUGGCUCCAAUAAUAAUAAAACAACUCCUUUCAAUCAUCUACAAAACAAAUGUUUUCUCCCAUAGACAGAAAGUUGAAAUCCUCAGCAGAUCCUGUAUUAAAAUGCAUAUCUGGGAGGAAGGUAUGGUGCUUCACACCUAUAGUCCCAGCACUUGGGAGUCUGAGGCAGAGGAUCAUGAGUUCAAGGCCAUCCUGGGCUACACUGCAAGUGCCAGACCAGCCUGAGCUACAUAUAGAGAUCCUGUCUCUAAAUAAGAAAAAGAAAAAUGAAGAUUUGGCUUGAAGGUCCAUAUUCUUUUUACUACAGCAGACUGCAUCUCAAAAUCCUAUUUAUUGAGCACCCACACCCACUUUGUAUAGGUUCUGAAGUUAAUAGGUGUCAUGUUUUAUCUUAAUUUUUGCCACAAAACUAUGAGGUGUUAUCUCCAUUUAACACACAAGGAAGCAAGAAUCCAGAAUAUACCCAAAGUCCAUCCUGUAUGCAGUUACUUACUGAGAAAGGGAUUUUGUCUUCUUUAGCUGCUAUCUCUUGAAUAAUUUGUUAGAAAGGUAAAAAUUGCUGACCUGGAACGUCCCUACAGAGUAGCAUCAUGUGUAUUCAAUGAAAUUCUCUCCUUGGGAAAUAUAAAUGCAAGUAAAACAACUUGUGAACAUCUCAACUGCCAGAGAUAGGAGAAUGGAGACCCAGGAUAUUGUGUUGCUGCUGGGAGAAUUCUUCCACAUCAACAUUUGUAUAUAUUCUUGUAAUAA